AUGGCAUCCGAACCUGUAGUGCCUGUCUUGAUAGCUGGUGCUGGCCCUGUGGGCCUUGUCGCCGCGCUCACAUUGCGUCAAAAUAAUAUACCCGUACGGAUCAUCGAGAAGGAGGAAAGAAUUCGCGUAGGCCAACGAGGCGCGGCUAUCAUGCCUCGAUCACUCGAACUGUACAACUUUCUGGGUGUCUUGUCUGACUUGCGUGCACGAGCGAUCUCUAUGGUUCCUAUGCGAGUGUACAAGCUUCCCGAAGGGAGAGAGCCACUUGCGACGUUCCUGUUGGAUCCUCCUGUGCAACCGACGCCGUACGUGCCUUUCACAAAUAUAUCCAUGCUUGCACAAGAGCAUACAGAAACUAUUCUGCGGGCCCACCUGGCCCGACACGGUUGCGAAGUUGAGCUUGGUACUGAGCUCCAGGGUUUCGAGCAAAACCGGGAUCAUGUUCUUGCACAUGUCAAGAAAAAUGUUGGCGUCCACAAGGACAUGGAGAAUAUCGCGUGUCGCUGGCUUAUAGGAGCAGACGGAGCCAAAGGCAUCGUACGCAGGCAGCUGGGUCUGUCUUUCCUUGGUGAAACAUUAGGCGCCGGUCAACAUCUAGUCGUUGGCGAUCUAGAAAUACGGGGCCUGGAUCACGAGCAUUGGCAUUCAUGGGGGACUAUGGACUCGGUGCUCGUAAUGUUGCGGGCCACAGAGGACGGCGACCUCUACUUUACCUUUGUGGGUGGGAAAGUGGACCAUGCUAGACUGGUAGCGGACCGCGAUCACCUUCUGCACACGAUCCGAACGAGUACCGGCCGGCACGACUUAGAACUUGGUGCCAUCAAAUGGCUGACAGAGUGGAAGCCCAAUAUUCGAAUGGUAGACCAAUUUAGCAAGGGGCGUGUUCUUGUGGCGGGAGAUGCAGCACAUGUGCACAGCCCUUUCGGUGGGCAGGGUCUGAACUCUGGCAUACAAGACGCCGUUAACCUUGGCUGGAAGCUUGCCCUUGUUGAGAAAGGCGUCGCGCAUCCCUCGAUCCUCGAGACAUACACUGAAGAGCGAUUGCCAGUGAUAGCGGAAGUCCUCAAGACAUCAAACAAGUUAUUCAACUCAGCGGUGAACGCAAAAGGGGACGGUGAAACGAACAAGAAGGCUUGGCAUCGGGGCGGCUCCUUGAACCAACUAGGAGUGAACUAUCGUUGGAGUUCGAUUAUCGUCGAUGACCGCUUCCCUCGCGAAGAACACCCUACCGACCCCUAUGGUGUCACCCACAAUCCCACAGAUCCGGUACGCGCGGGGGAGCGUGCUCCUGAUGCGCCUGGUUUGGUAUUGGCAGGGUCUGCGGGCGACGCAGGCAGACGGCCGAAGACGGCCUCGCUUUUUAGCAUCUACCGCCCUUUCUACCACACCAUCUUGAUCUUCGCUGCAAAUGCUGACGAAGCCGCACCGAUCGUUGGAGCCAUGAAAGCGUAUCCUUCGGAAUUAAUUCGGACGGUUUUCAUUUAUCCUCAGGAUACUGCAUCCGAUGCGACAAGCGCUGAAGGGGUAGAUAUCACCACAGUCGACGGCGAUGGGCAUGCGCAUAUAGCUUAUGGGAUAUUGGAAGGGCCUACGGUAGUCAUCAUCAGGCCCGAUGGAGUUAUUGGAGGGGUCGUAUGCGGACUGGAAAGCUUGAGAGGCUACUUUCGCCGGGUAUUUUCAGGAACGUCGCCGAAGCUAUAG